ACAUUUGUAACAUAAAAUAGAAAUGUCAGUGUCAAUUUUGAAAUACCAGAACCUUCUUCUUCUCCGUCACUCUCUAAUUCUAAUACCAAAAACACCUUUGACCAGAGUCACAAUAAAAUCAUCACUCAUCACAAAAUCGUUUUCAUCUUCAUCAUCUUCAGAUAUGGUGAAAGCUAUUAGAGUUCAUGAACUUGGUGGUCCUCAGGUUUUGAAAUGGGAAGAUGUUGAAAUUGGUGAACCUAAAGAAGGAGAAGUUCGUGUGAAGAACAAAGCUAUUGGUGUUAAUUUUAUUGAUGUUUAUUUUCGUAAAGGGGUUUAUAAUGCUCCUUCUAAACCAUUUACUCCAGGUAUGGAGGCUGUUGGCAUUGUGACCGCUGUGGGUUCUGGACCCACUGGUACACAGGUUGGAGAUCUUGUAGGUUACGUCGGUCAACCAAUGGGCUCAUAUGCCGAAGAACAGAUUCUUCCUUCUAACAGAGUAAUUCCUAUCCCUUCCUCCAUUGAGCCAGCUGUUGCAGCAUCCAUCUUGCUGAAGGGCAUGACAGCUCAAUUUUUGAUCCGAAGUUGCUUCAAGGUUGAACCCGGUCACACAAUUCUUGUCCAUGCCGCAGCUGGUGGAGUUGGAUCCCUAUUAUGCCAGUGGGCAAAUGCUCUUGGUGCAACUGUUAUAGGAACUGUAUCCAACAAAGAGAAAGCAGCUCAAGCGAAGGAGGAUGGUUGCCAUCAUGUUAUACUAUACAAAGAAGAGGAUUUUGUGGCCCGUGUCAAAGAAAUUACGUCUGGUAGCGGAGUUGAAGUAGUCUAUGAUUCUGUUGGAAAGGAUACCUUUGAGGGAUCUUUGGCAUGCCUGAAGCUUAGAGGCUACAUGGUCAGUUUCGGACAGUCAUCUGGCACGCCUGAUCCAGUUCCAUUGUCUUCGUUGGCUUCAAAAGCUGCGUUCUUGACAAGGCCUUCCCUAUUUCAAUAUGUACUCACUCGCGACGAGCUAUUGAAGGCUGCUGGGGAGGUGUUUGCGAAUGUUGUUUCUGGUGUCUUGAAGGUGAGAGUUAAUCAUACAUAUCCAUUAUCUGAGGCAGCAAAAGCACAUGAAGAUUUGGAGAAUAGGAAGACCUCUGGAUCUGUUGUGUUGAUACCAUAAGGUUACAAGUUGUAUGUUGGUAUUAAAUAUCAAGUCCUUGUUGGAUACAUAUUGAAAGGAACUAUUUUAUUUUUUGAUUAAUAAAAGGGCUGUUUUAUUCAACAUUA